AUGGCUCCCGUGACAGAUUCAGAGGCCACCGCGCAAAAGCGUAAGAAUCACGACGAGCAUGCCAAACGGAAGCGAUCGAAGCAACACCGCUCAGAGUCCAAGCUCGCUGCCACCAAUGGGGGGCUCAGUCACCAUAACGUCAAUGGCCUCGGUCAAUCGUCUGAUCACGGGGAGAAGAUGGCGUUAGACAUCGUCGGCACCGAUGUCCAAGUCACCCCGCGCCAACGGAAAGAGAAGAAGUCCUCGAAGAGGAGGCAUACCACAGAUGACGAUACACGUACAUGGCGUGUCUCCCGGCCCAUGGGAGGACGGAUAUUAGAUAUAGAUCCUAUAUUGACUGCCGACGAGAAACAUCUGAUACUAGCGUACCACACCUCCAUCCAAGUCUACUCAGCCACGGAAUCCCUCUUGUUUCGUCAGAUCCAGUUGCCGAUUGCGUCUAAGCAUCACCAGAUCGUUUCGGUUUGCCAGUCACCUACAUCACCAGAGCUCGUUUGGGUAGCUUCAUCUUCUGGCCGUAUCUGGAAACUCGACUGGACCAACGGCAGCGGAUCCGACGUUUUCCUGGAAGUGAAAUGCGACUUUCUGAACGAUAUGUUCAUUGAUGCCAUGAAGUUCGCCCAGAAGGCUCGAGAUACGUUGCUGGUUUCUGUGGAAAGGGACGGAAAAUUCCAUAUACAGGCCUGUGAAGUCAAGGGUAUGAAGCUUCGCGCAUGCAAGGAUCUGUACAGCUCUGCGUCCAUCAUCGAGAAUGUGCGAUCCGUUCAGAAUGGCCGUGUUUUAGCUGCUUCAGCAGAGCAGACCAUUAUCCUGGGCGUCUUGAGAAGUGAGGACAUCGCGAGUCAAGACCAACUGGAUUACGAAUUUUUCACUUUCGAUACAAGUGACGAUGUUACCUGCCUGGAUAUUCGAGCGACGGAGCGUAUACAUCUUAACAGGAAGUCCCAACGGGAAGCGAGCGAUAUGCCUGUUGUCGACCUUGUGGUUGGCUGUGCUCGGGGCCCUGUCUUAUUCUACAACGACCUCCUGCCUCAGGUUCAAUGGCUACACAGUUCGAAGAAUCGGCGUUAUACUCUCCAGCCACGCAAGUACCAUUGGCAUCGCAAGGCUGUCCAUGCCGUCAAGUGGUCUCGAGAUGGCAACUACAUCAUAUCUGGUGGAUCAGAGUCGACCCUGGUGUUGUGGCAAUUGGACACACAGAAGAUGGACUUCUUGCCUCACCUUUCCGCAACUAUCGAGAACAUAGUGGUUUCGACACGUGGCUCCUCCUACGUACUCCAUCUCAAUGACAAUUCCACCAUAAUCCUGUCCACGGCGGAAAUGAAGCCAACGGCCUAUGUUUCAGGGGUCCAAACCCUACUAUCACCUCAACCUUACUCGAAAGACGAAGCAGUCAGGCGGAUUGGGCAGUAUCCCACAACUCGACUUUCGAAGACGCCUGCUGCUGUGAACCCCUUGGAUAGGUCAAAGAUACUGUUAUGCGUGGGAAAUGGCCAGCAGACGAGCCAUUCUGGAAGUGGUCCAUCGACGCCUUUGAUCCAAACCUUGGAUCUUACUACGAUGCAGAGUAUCUCAAAACAAGCUUUGACCAGGACAAAUCCCACAGAUGUCAAUACUAAUGCUAAAGGUUAUGCGAUAACGGAACCGCGUAUCACCGGCAUGGCAUAUUCCCAAGAUGGCCGCUGGCUUGCGACGACUGACGAGUGGCAGCCCCCGUCCAGAGAUGUCGAUGUCCUUGAUGGCUCAUCAUCAGAUAGACGAGAAGUCUACCUCAAGUUCUGGUCUGUUCCGGAACCAGAGCGAGAAAAUGAUUCGACAAAGGACCAGGGUGCUGAGCCGAAUACAGAUCAGGGCAACGGUUCAAGAUCAGCAGCGCCACGAGAUCUUGAACUGAUGUCGCGAAUCAACUCACCACACCAUACGAGCCAGAGCGAAUCCGUUUUCGACGUAGCUGCUGAUCCAAAAACGGAGAGGUUUGCCACCAUCGGCGGGGACGGGGUAGUCCGAUUGUGGCAGCCGAUCGUCAGGCAACGGAAUGGUGUUCUCAUCAAGGGCAAAGGGGGGCAUCAGUUAUACAAUUGGACCUGCUCUCAGGUCAUCUAUCUGCACGGCAACGAAGCUGCGGGAGACCUCGAUGAUAAACCUGCCCCUGUUCGAGGCUCCGGGGCUGUGUCUUUCUCCGAGGACGGCUCAACUUUGGUUUGUGCUAUCGUACACGAACACGGGUCGGCAGUACACAUCAUCGACACCGAGUCCGGCGACAUCUGCAAUUCCGUCAGUGGCUUGAUCAACGGAGAUGUCCAAGGAAUCAGAGUUCUCUCGUCGUAUUUAAUCGUACUAUCGGACACGCUCAUGGUGUACGACAUUGUUCUCGAUGAGCUACGCUAUGCUGUUCAGCUGAGGACGAAUGAGGAUACACAUGGGCCAGGUGCUGCUGUUCUGUCCUAUCUGGCUGUCGACUACCAGACAUCGCGCUUUGCCGUGGCUGUCACACGGAGCAAAGUAGGGCCUGGUGGCUCGAGAUCAGAGCUUGCGGUUUUCAACACAGAACAAUGCCUACCUGAGAAAGUGCAGAGGUUCGACUACCCUAUAACAUCGCUCGUCGCGUCAGUUGGGUCCAGUGGCUUCCUUGUCCUGGAUUCAGCAGCUCAGCUGUGGUCUGUAAGCGAAAGCAUGGACACCAAGUCUUUGGCUUUUGCCCAGCCACUCGCUGACCUCAACCUUGACCACGAGCAAGCGGCAAAGACUUCUGAUGAAACGACUGCUGUGGCGCUCCUCACCGAAGGAGACGAUGGGUCUGCCAGCGAAGAUGAGAUGGACGUCGAUAUGGCAGAUGAUGGAACCGGUGGAGACGAUGUAUAUCCGGCCGUUGUGGCACCGCAGAGACUCGCUGAGCUCUUCGAUACUGCACCAUCAUUCGCUAUGCCACCUAUUGAGGACAUGUUCUACCAGGUCACAAAGCUGUUCUCAACGAAGGUGGCUGUCGCUGCGGCUUGA